UUGAGGAUGGUGGUGGACUCCCGCUUCUCUGGCGCUGGCGGGUCGGGAAUCACGCGCCAUUGAAGGGGGGUUGAUAGCGUGCAUGCGCUUUCGGCUCAGUUACGUGCACACACAGGUCGGUCGCUGCGAGCACAGCGGCGUGGCUCUCGGCCUCCAUUUCCCAGUUUGUGUUUAUGUUCGAAUCACCGAGGUCUUUAUUAGCAAAGACGACGUGCAACAGUUUGGAGUUUCACGCUGAACGUUAUCACUACGUCGCUGCCGGUGGCCACGAGGCUUUCAAUCGACGUUUGGAGGAGCCAGAUGCAGUGUGAUGAUUAGAGCCACUGGUGAUGUCUACCUCAGUUUCUGAACCCACAUCCAUGGACGAUAACCCUGCAAUGGAGGAUGAAAAGGGGAGCAUGCUUAAUGGCCCUCUAUCAUCUCCUCCUUCUUCUGUCCCUUUUUCCUCUCCCCUUUUUCCAACCACUGCAAGACCUGCUUUCUCCAGUGAGACCGUAAUCGAGAAUAAAGUCGUCUCCAUGGCAAGUAAUGAUUGCAGCUCUGCUCUCUCUUCACCUGCUGAAGCAAGCCCAGCCAAGCCUGCCGUUCCCUCCACAUCUCCCUUCGAAGAGACUUUUGAAACAAGCCCAGCUACCUCGCAUAUCGCGUCUGCAUCAGGCUCCCUAUCAUGCACAGGGACGAGUCUUAUCAACAUAUCAGAAACGCCACCUUGGUCUUCUGCGUUGCCAAUGACUACGUUUGGCAAUCCAGAUCUGGAAAGUGACUUUCCUUCUGUGCUGACCUUCAAAGGUGUCAGCAUAUCCUUGGAGAAUAACAGUGUGUGGAAGCAGUUUAACAACUGUGGAACUGAGAUGAUUCUUACUAAGCAGGGGCGCCGCAUGUUCCCCUAUUGCAGAUAUCGCUUGUCUGGUCUAGACCCUGAGCAGAAGUACAGUCUUGUCUUGUCUAUCGUUCCGUCGGGUCAGUUCAGGUACCGCUGGAGCACGUCCACAUGGGAAGUCAUGGGGCCAGCAGAGCACCAGGUGCAGGGUCUUAUCCGAGCCUUUCCCCACCAUUACUCACCUUGCCGAGGCGCCGAUUGGAUGAAUUGUUUGGUGUCUUUUUAUAAACUCAAACUAACCAAUAACUUCCAAGACCAGGAUGGUCAUAUCAUCCUACACUCCAUGCAUCGCUACAUUCCUAGGCUCCACGUAAUUCCCAUUCCAGAUGGAGAUAUGCCCAGCGUUGAUCAGCCUGUGGUCAUGGGACCUGAAAGCAUGACCUUUACUUUUCCACAAACAGAAUUUAUGGCAGUGACCACCUAUCAGAACUUUCGUAUCACUCAGUUGAAAAUUAAUCAUAACCCGUUUGCAAAGGGCUUCAGAGAAGACGGUUGCAACCCCCGUCUGUACAGGAUUAAUUCAGAGGCGCGAGCUGCGGUAAAAAUGGACACCCAGCCAGUUGCUUUAAAAGCUGCUGAACCCAGUGAAGACGUGAAGGAGCCGGUGGAUCCAAGCACAAAGGAUCCCAGUGAAGCUGCUUCUUUGUCAGAAGCUGCUUCAUUGCAAGAAACCAGACCGGUGCUGAAGCCCAUAAUGUCUAACCCUGCUGGUACAGGUGAACAAUAUGUCCCCUGUAUGAGGGGCAAACAUUCCCUGGGUGAACUUGUGUUGGUCCAGAAACGUCAUUGUCCUGAACCCAAGGAAGAAAAUGCUGCGUGUGUAACACCUGAGAAGCAGCCAGGCUCCAUGACUCCUUCUUCCUCAACGUCCACUCCGAGAUCAUUGCCUCGGUAUCGCAAGAGGAGGAAGAAGAUCUGCAGACGUUGGGGUAAUUCCCAGGGAAGACUUUGGAAAGCUGCUUCUGCCUCCUCCACGGUCGUCCACAGCCCAUCGCUGACUGCUGCUAUGCAACCGGAGCUGGAUGAAAUAGAAGGCCUGCUGUUUGUGUCAUUUUCUUCAAAGGAAGCUCUUGACAUUCAUGUUGGGGAGAAGUUAGCGGUUAAAACUUCAGCAUCAGAAUCUCCUAUUUGCACAUCAACUCCAGCACAGUCUAAGCAAAUAAUGGAGGUGAAUCCAGAAACGGUGGAGGAGAAGAUAGCUCGCUUGAAGUCCAUCCUGCUGAAUGACCUCAGAGAUCUCAAACACAGACAGGUCAUCCAUCCUGUGCUGCAAGAGGUUGGCUUAAAGCUGAGCUCCUUAGACUCCAGUAUGCCCAUUGACCUGCAUUAUCUGGGGGUUUGUCUGCCGCUGCCUCCUCCAAACCUACCAGAAAACAGCAACACUACAACUUUGUCUCCUGCUGAUGAGAGCAUUCCCUUUAUUUCCCGAACAGGAAAAACUAGUGAUAUGACAAAAAUAAAGGGAUGGAAAAACAAGUUUAUAAGAAGCAAAGAAGCCUUUCCUAACUGUGAAGGGUUACAAAAGGACCUAUCGGCCUUCUGCAGCAACAUGUUGGAUGAGUACUUGGAAAGCGAAGCUCAGCAAAUCAGUGAACGUGCUGCCGCCUUUUCCAUGAACCCAGAGGCCUCCGUGGCCUAUCAGCUGCCUGCUAGAAGUUCCAGCUAUGUAAAGACCUUGGACAGCGUACUCAAACACAGAAACUCUGCUUCUAAUAUCACAGCGUGGACUAAUAAACCUUGCCCGCUUUCCUACAAACCCCCCCUCUACUUGGCUAUGAUGUCAUCUGCUUCCAGGCAGACAGAGGCUCAGUCUGGAUACCAGUCUGCAUCCUCACACACACACUCAGACACUGCUUCUGGGUCUAUUGUUGUUUCACAAAGUUUAUCGUCAUGCCUCCCAGAAGUUGGUCAGAGACCUGAGGUGAGCUCUGGUCAGGGCCCAGGGACGGCACAAAAACCAGGCUUCACCAAGAUCCAGCUCAAACUAUUGCAGAUGGAGACUAAAACCCUAAACGAGGGCCUGAGCAGAACGCAGCUGACUCCAGAAAGGUUGACAAUGGCUCUGUCUGCGUUACUGACUAAAGAGAUGCUGCCGGGUCAGAUCUCGAAUGUGACGCCCUUUCCAAACAUCACAGCUGUGGGACCCGAAUGUGGCAAAGAGUUCUGCAGACUGGGUUGUGUGUGUUCCAGUUUAGGGCAUCUGAACAGGGUUCUCCUUCACUGCAGACGGCCUGAGUGCAUGUUUGGCUGUGCCUGCUUUAAACGUGUGAUCACCAAGCACUUGAAAGCAGGGGAAAGUAAGGAACGGACCAGUCUAGUUUACUCUUUGACUAAUGUAGAACAUGCAGUCCAGGUUCAUCCGAACUCCCUAACCAAUAAACUGUGGACCCGUGACCGCUGUGAUGAGGAUCCAGAGCCGCUUUUUGUUCCAAAAAGUACCUCUACUUCUCAGUCCUCAGUUUCACCAAAGUACACAAAAAAAGUUGUAUUUAAUCAAACACCACCGAUGAAAUUCAAAUCAUGUGUGCAGAUACGAGAGGAGGAUAAAGAUCCGGUGUACAGAUAUCUGGAGAGCAUGAUGACAUGUGCUCGUGUAAGGGAGUUCAACAGCAAGCCUCCACCAAAAGUCACUUUGGAUAUUAACACCCCUGCUACUACUUCGACACCAGACAACACAUCAACAACGCAGAACUCUGCUCACAACAACAACCGCCACCACAACAUUAUGCCAACUGCGCAAAAAGCAGAAAAAAAGCCACCUCAGCCAGCUACAUUCAGCGAAUCAGAAGCAAAGAAGCAAAUCCAGAUCCAGUCAUUGUGUCAGUGGAAGAAGGACAGCAAAAUGGUCCUGGAAGCUUUAUGUCAACGCAUGAAUCAGAAUCGGUUAUUUCGCCGUUUCUACAUCGGGCCUUACUACGUAAUACUUAUCGCAAAGAUCGUCCUACAGAAACCCAGUGGCUCCAUCGUCACAUACCGGAUACAAAUUAGUAAACCAGCAAAAGUCAGUGAUGUUGAUGAGGAGGAAUCUGAUGAUUGUGACAAAGACAAACAUUCCAACAAAAGCUGUGACGAGAGCACUGAUGAAGAGGUGGAAGAUGAGCAAAUCGAAGACCAACACAAUUUUUGGGGGGUCACACCUUUUCUGAAUGGAGUCAUACCAGCAGGCAGACUGAGAGCCAGAAGAAAACCUGCUGGCUGCCAAACAUCUGGGCUUAUACAGGUAAAUGGGAAGUGCUACAAUCAGGCCAGAUUGUUGCUUGGACACAUGGGAUCUCUGCAUCCAGCAAACCGCCUUGCAGCCUACGUCACAGGCCGGCUAUGUAAAGCCUCACAGAAACCAGAAUCCACGCAGAAAAGUGGCACUUCAGCUUCUCCUCAUGUGAAUGCUGCAGGCACAGCUGCGCCUGCACCUCCAGCUCUUCCCGAAAGGAAAAUGACAGACCUUAAGACAACAACUCAGCCACCAGCUCAGUUAAGCCAACCAGACUCUUUGAGUAAGGGAUCACAACAACAUUCACAAAACUCCUCAGCCCUCAACCCUGCUCAAUCAUUUGUCCCAGUCCAGAAAAGUUCCACAACAUCACCAGUCUCUCUCACUGUCUCGCCAUCACUAAAAAGCCCCAGCUUCCUGGCACAGAGCGGAACCUGUUCAUUCAGAAUCUGCCCUCCAUCCAACCAGACCGCCGUAGACCAGAAGCUUCCCGGCGUCAUCCUGCCUGGUGGCUUUACCCUCAUUCAACUUCCAAAGCCUGGAGCUGAAGGAUCCACAUGGAAGUCACAAGCUCUAAACACUAAGAACACAGCAAGCACAGGCGACACCCCGGCACAAAAAAGUGGAGCAGCUAAUCUUAGCCAUUUAGCAUCAGGGUGGCUCAGUCUGAAUGCCCUUAAUAAAAUAAAAACUUUAUUAACAAGCACAUCAGCUGUGCCUGGCCCCUCCUCUGGACUGAUGAGUGAGGAAAAGAAACCAUCUGAAGAGAUUAAUGAAGCCAACAGCGAGCAGCUUGAUUCAAACAUGGAUGUCACUUCAGAAGACUUAAGUUCUGAUUUCUCUGACUACGGAGACUACGAUGAAGAUGACGAGAUAGUAGACAUUGAAACUGUCGAAGAAGAUCAAGAAGAAGCCAUUGCUAAAAUGAAGGAAGCUGUUUUGAAGACUUCAGAGAAAUCAAGGAAUCCUGCUAAUGGUUCUGAAUCCUUCAAUGAGCUCAACGUCCAGUAUCAAGUAAAGAAGGAUGACAAAAUCCCUGGGAAAAGCAAACGCAAGAACCAUACAGCGCUAGAAAGGCUAAGACGCUGCGAACAGCGAGCCCGCUUCGAACGACUUCACACCAUCCUGAAGAGUAAUCCCAAAACUCCCAGGCCCCAUCUCCUCUCUCUGGCUACAAAAGAAAUUGAAAAUCUGAUCAAGGCCUCCAUACGCCUGGAGGAGGAGAAAGAGAAGCUGAUUCAGACACAGGCCCUGUAUGUGAAGAAAUUGUCCCGUUUGUCAGGGAAGUCGGAGAUCCUGAUUCAAAACAAGCUGAAGGAGAUCGGUGAGCGUCAGAAACGUCGAGAGAAGGCGAUGAAAUGGAGGCCUAUCUUUUCUCAACUUCUACAAACCAAAGCUGCUCUUUCCCAAGCCACUGCUCCCCAAUCCAAUCUCCAGCCCCCAGCACCACAGCCACAGCCCGUCUGCAGGCUUCCAUCUGAAGGCAGCCAGCCUUCAACGUUCCAAAGCAAUUUGGAGAAUAUGCUAACUUUGCUUCAUCCUACUAAAAACCUGGAAAAAACUCCAGUCCCACAAUCCCUCACACAAAAAUCUCUGCCUCAAGCUGGGUCACUCCCACUCCAGGUGAUGACCAGUACAUCCACAUCACAAAUGGUGACACAGCAAUGUGAACCUUCAGCCUCAACCCAAGUCGGUCAAACCUCUGGAGAUCCAGGCCAGCAGACUGUGCCUAAUUCACAAACAACGGACCAGCUUCAAACCCUUUCAGAUAAAACUGAGCCUCAGGUCACUGCAGCACAAAGUGGAGCCUCAUUAGCACCUAAUCCCAACAGCGCCAAUGUUCAGCCACCACAGCGUCUCGCUUCUCUUCCUCUGGUUCGCUCCAAAACAGGCAGAAUCAUACUUCCUUCAUCUCUAAAACCACUUGGUCAUGGCUUCUAUACGCUCAUGGUCAUGCAACCCAAAGAGAAGAGAGAAGAAGAUGAACUUAGCUCCCCAGCUAAAACACAACCGUCUGAUGUGGACUCCUCUAAAUGUGCAGAGAAAAAUAUCUCUGCAUCUGACCAGCCUUCGGAUUCAGAACCCGGCUGUACUUCAGAAAACACCACAUCUGUGGAUUCUAAUAAAAAAACUUCAAGCGCUGUCGCCCCCCUUGCCCAGCUUGCCUUCCUUAACAAAUCAAUCAUUGUGCCUUCACUGGAUCCCAAAGCUAUAAAAAAAAACCAAGAAGCGGUUUUGAGUAUGAAAGGUGUCCCAUCUGCACGUUUGUGUUUUAACCCUGUGAAUCUGGUUCCCUCCUGUAAUGAAUCAGAGUCCAGUCCUCCUGAUCCCAGUUCCCAUGCGGACCAUUCCUGCAGGGGCAGGCCUUUGAUGAAAGGAGUUCCCUCUGUUAGUAAAAAUGCAGAUGAGGUAGAAAAUACAGAGGGUUUUAUUCAAGUCAAAAUGUCUCCACUAAUCAAUGAGAGUCAAAGUGAUGAAAACACUGCAGAAGCAACCAAGAUGCCAGCAGACAACCCUUCAGGCAUGGCCAAUGAAGUAGCUUCUAACCCUGCACCAGUCAAACGGCGCAGAGGAAGACCCCCCAAAAAUAAAACGGCACCACUACAAAGUCCUCCAGUAAAGCGAGCAAUUAAAAGUCCAUCUAUAUCCAACAAGGACAGCACGGUGAGAUUUUCUGCCAGCAGUUUAAAAAUCCCCAAUUUAAAAAGCUCUCCUGCAGAUGCCGCUGCAUCACGGCCGUUGACACGCGGCUCUCUAGGAAAGGACUUCCCCAGCGCAAAGAAGCGCUCCUGGAUAGAUGUUGAAAAGGAACUGGAACCUGACUUAGAGUCUGAGUGAUGAACAGAUUUGUUUGACCUCAGUUAGUCACCUCACACCUCUCUGAGACAGCACGGGACGUCAUCCUCAUGGUGGCAACUGUUUCCAUUUCUGCUACUAGUUUGUUGGUGUUAACCACCAAUAAUGAUGGAAAGCUUAACCAAAUGUGCCUGUCUCAUAAGCCAAAGGACCAGGGCUGCAGUCAAAUACUUGAUUUUGCCUUUUUCUGGGGGGAAAAAAAGAAAAAAACUCAAAUGUCUUUCCUGCUGGGGACAAGGACGGGUGAUGGAGUAGCAUUAUGUGACCUGCUGAAUGUAUGGGUAAAGUCUGGUCUUUGCCACUAUAAUGCUUGUCAAAGAUGUUUUCUAAAACGAAGAGAUGUUUGCUUUUUGUUUUAUUAAACAUGUUACUGACAUUUACACAAAUUUUGUCAUACUUGAAGACAGUUUGUUAGUGAUCAGUCUUAUGCAAAUACAGGAUUAAACUGUUGAGAUCCAUGGUGUAAACCUUGCAGCGUGUGCUCAGUGUCUAUCCUGAACUGGACUUGACCAUACAGUGCUUUAAUGAAUUUUUUAAGAGCUAAACUCAUCUUUUUUUUUUUUUUUUUUUUUUUUGUAGUAAUUCAUGUAAAAUCAUCUUUAGAUGCACUUUAAAGUUCAUGUUGAAACCUUAUAUAUUUUUUUCAUCCUUGUAUAGUAACAAUACUGAUCAACAAUCAGUUGAGUGUGCUAACCAAAUAAUUUGUGUAUGAAUUUAACCUGUGUGAAUAUUUACCUUAUCUUGCAAUACAUCAUCUUUUUAACUGAUUUCCGAACACUGGUUGUCAACUUUAGUCCGAUAAAUUAUAGUUUGGACUACAUAAUGUUUAAUAAAAAGUUACUUGAGUUUAUUAUGAUACACUUUAAUUGCUCAGAAAUAAAGGUAUUUUUCCCAUC